CUGGUCGACGUCGAUACAAGGCGGAUGCAUCGAGUUAAAUAAUUUGCUCCGAAGUGACAGAUUCUUAUUGUGUAUGUCAAUCUUUUGCCAAUAAAAUAGACUUUGUGUUUUGUAAUUUUUACGUGGGACCCGCAUAGUAUAAAAAUUUAAAGUCACGUCGAUUCCAUCAAUACUAUUCGUGCCAUUGUGUAUAUGACACGAAUUUUAUAGUGAUUUUUAUUAUGUAGCUGCCUUUAUAAUAAUUAGACUAGUGUAAAGUAUAGCUAGGUGUACAUCACAGCGUCGAACGACGAUCGUGUUUUUGGAUAACUUUUUUUUUUUUAUCAUCGUCGUCGUAUUUAUUAAUUUUUUAUCAUCUAUACUAAGCGAGGAGAUUAUGCAGCCACUUGUGUCGACUAUGAUAUAAUACGCCAAUAAGUAUAUGCGCAGAGUUUCGCAACGCGUCCAAAGCGAAUCGACGUUACGUUAUCGAUCUGCAAUCCUCUCGUAUACGCAAAUAUUUUCUUCAUGAAGAGUAUAUAUACAUAGGCGUAAAAACAUCUAUACAAUUCAUCUAAUAAAUUGACUGGAAAAAUAUCAUUACAGAAAGUGUAUACGACAUUGAUAAGCGUGUGUACGUAUAUUUUAUCUUCAAUAUAAAUCGCCUCGAUUAACACCAAUCAGCAUGUUUAUGGUUGUGAACAUCGUCAACGCUCUGCGGAGUUCUAUAAUCGUGCUAACGAUCGUAUUCGCAGCGUCUUCAGGAUCUCAUUCAAGAAUUGGAUUCGAUAAAUACCAUAACCACAAAGAGAUGACUAAUUAUUUAAUGGAAAUAACUGAAGAAUUUUCCAACAUUUCAUCGCUGUAUUCGAUUGGCAAGUCAGUUUUAAAACGUGAACUGUGGGCCGUCAAAUUAACUACUGCAACUGAACUGCUGGGUGUACCAAACAUUAAAAUUGUCGGGAAUAUACACGGUAACGAACCCGUAGGAAGAGAAAUCAUUUUACAUCUGAUUCAAUAUUUAUUAGAAAACAAUUCGAAAAACAAAGCAAUUAACAAUCUGUUGCGAACCACCAUCAUUCACUUGUUGCCGAGCAUGAAUCCAGACGGAUUCGAACUUUCCGAGCCUCAACCUUGUCCUAACGAUGGGAUGCAUAUUUCAGGUUCUAGAGGAAACGCAAACACUUUUGAUUUAAAUCGAAAUUUUCCGGACAUUUUUAAUCCACACACAGUGCCACUGCAACCCGAAACCAAAGCAAUUAUGGGAUGGUUAAAAUCUGUACCGUUCGUCAUGUCUCUAAGCUUACACGGUGGCGCUUUGGUAGCCAAUUUCCCUUACGAUGGUUCACCGGAUUCGGUACCAGGAAAGCUGCAGAAAUUAAACGAAACAUUGAAAAUCGCCGAUGUGUUUGAACUCUACAAAAUAUUUAGAAAUGAUCCUAGUUACAACCAUAAUAGCAAGAAUACGGAAAGUUUAACACCAGACGAUGACAUAUUUCGAUUUUUAGCUAAACAAUAUGCCGAGUUGCACCCGACUAUGCAUAACGGUCUAAGCUGUGGAGAUGACUAUAUAAAAUUCAAAGAUGGCAUAACAAAUGGAGCUGCUUGGUAUCAAGUAAUAGGAAGCAUGCAAGAUUACAAUUACGUAUGGCAUGGAUGUAUGGAAAUCACUUUGGAAAUGUCUUGUUGCAAGUAUCCACCAGCCUCGUUUUUGAAAUCUCAUUGGGAAGAUCAUUUAAAGCCACUUUUGACAUGGAUGCAACAAGCGCACAGAGGCAUUAAGGGUAUCGUCACGGACGGAAUAACUGGAAAACCCAUACCAAACGCCAUUGUUAGCAUUACAGAUCGUGAAAAUUAUGUCAACACGACCGUAAACGGAGAAUACUGGAAAAUACUACUUUCCGGUGUAUACAAGUUACGCGUGAAAGCGAUCGGAUACGACGAGAAAAUCGUCCGAGUGAAGGUGCCGGAGGAACGCGAGUAUCGGGAGCAAGGGCCUCGGCCACAAUUGGUGAAUGUCCAGUUGAAACCAACGAAGAAGAAAACGAUAGCUGACAGCAGCAGCACCGUAAGUGAUAGCGAUCACUACAACACUUAUUGGGUGUCAGACGGUGAUCGACAUGGCGCGACGGAUCGGGCGGCGGCGGCGACGUCUCCCGAUAAUGAUGUCGUACUUCUCGGUGCGGAUCAGCCUUUGGAUGGCGUACAUGAAUCGUCCAUCGACAAACAUUUAUUAUUGGAGGUCGAUGAGGAGGUCGAGGACGACGACGAUAACAAUGACGAAUACUCCGAUCAUAAUGGUAAAAGAUACGACAUCAUUCGGCUGCAAUCGAUGCGACCGCCGUUGCCCGUUCAGUCAUCGUCCUCUCAUUCCAGUAACAAUUUUCCACCUCGCGUAACCAGCGUGGUAACAACGCUGUCGUUGUGCUUAUUGCGGUUCUCGUAUUUCAAUGUACACGUGUUCUUGUAAUCGCCGUGAUUGAUGAUUACGAUUUUAGCUUAACUUGCAUUGUAUUAUCAUAAUAUCAUCAUUUAUCGUAUUCUUAGGUGUAUUGACAUUUAACUAAGUACACAAAUUAGUAUAACGCUAUUUAUACAAAUUUUAGCUAAUAGUUACAACACUAGGUGGCGGCGAACCUGUAGCUUAAUGCCGUAAUCAUGCAAUUAACUUCGCGGGCAAACGCACAGUUAAAAAUUUCGGGUUUACAAUAAUGUGUCCAAUAUUCAUCCAUCGUUUUCAAAUGUAUUAUACCUGAUGAUUAUUUUAACGUAAGACAAUCGCAUUAAUUUAAAAACUAUUUAAAUUUUUGAAAAUAUUUUUUUUUACAUAAUUUCAAAUCUGU